AUGAAAGGUACGGCGUUUGCGAAACGUCUCCUGGUUGCACACAAAUGUUCCCCGUUUUUGCAGUCUGUCAGCUGAAAUCCGCAAUGACCGUCGUCCAAGUGCUCUUCGCUCUUUUGUCGCUUCCGCCCACACUCCUCGCCGAUCUCACUUCUGUCUACGUGCCGGUGGCGGUCGGAGAGCCGCAAGACGGCCGAAACUUUGACAAACCGUUCGGCGUGUUCGGCGCCUACUCCCAUCCGAACAUUGAUUUUUCCAAGUGCGGCAAGCACACGCACGAGCUGAACGAGCAGUUCGCCGGCAACAGCGCCGAAAUUCACGUCUACUGCGAACCGACGCCGACGCGACUCGUCGUGCGCGUUAACGGAAACGCCGACUUUGGAUCGUUCCAGCGGGACCUCAAGAAAGAGUGCGAACUGUUCACGUGCUCCGCCGAGAGCUACGUCGACGAGAAAACGGUACUCGGAACGUAUACGGGCACAAAUGGCGGAGACGUGCUCGCCGGAGCGAAGCCCAACGAGAAUGUGAAUGUGUGCAAGGACAAGUUGGCCGGCUACUCGAAUGUGAGUCUUGGGCAGUCCUGGAAAACAUGUAGAACAUUUUUGUGCAUGGAAAUGAAUGGAAAACAUGAAAAUAUCAGAUGUGCCGAAGCCCCGUUUAAAAUGAAUAUGUAUUGUAGGACUACUGUAGUUCUAGGAAAUUGGAGCUCAAAUUUAGAUGCACCAGCUGGUCUGAACUUCCAAGAGCUACAGUACCAGAGUUGAGCGGAAGAACUCAACGGAAGAACACGGAAAAAUUUUUAUCUUUUUUAGAAAAUGUUUUCAUGAAAUGUGAUCAACUGACGAAAUGUACAGCAAAGUGAGCUCUGCUCACAGAAAAAUAAUUGUAAAUUUAGCUUCUCAUACAAAAAAAAUUAUUCGAGUUGUUGCGUGAAAAAAGUGCUAACGGAACAACUCGAAUAAUGAAUAACGAAUAAUUUUCCAAACUGUCCCAAAAAGUCUUUACAAAUUGUAAAUGCAUGAAAACAAUGGUUAGAUGUCUCAAAACGGUCUUAUAAGCAAGAAAAUCCUGAUUUUUCAGAAUUUGGAAAAAAGACUAUGCAAAAGUACCCCGAUUUUCACGUAUUUUGGGUUGAAACACCCCGGAGUCAACACUAUUUUUGCUUGAAAACUAGUCAUGCGGGUGUAAAAUUGUCUGUAGAAUCCGAAUUCAACGUUCUUUUUUUGAAAAAAAGUACAAAUAUUUUCCAGAAAAUCGAGUUUUUUCAAAAAAUUUUUUGAAAACGACCACAAAUCAAUUUUUUUCUUUAUGAAGGAGGGGUGCUAAAUUUUUGGUCUCAACAUGAAAUAUGCUCGAAAAGAUGCACGGAAUCGAAUGGCGUUGAGCCUGAGUUGAUAGGAUUUUUUUGAAAAAAGUUACACAGCUUAGAGGUACUUAGAGCCAGUGCUGCUCCGACCAGGGCUCGCGGAGCCGGACCAAAUAUUAUUCUUGGGUGUCAGUGUCAUGGGAGAUCUAACCGUUGUUUUCAUGCCUUUCCAAUUUAUAAAGACUUUUUGGGAUAGUUCGGAAAUUUUUUAAAAAAUUCGAAAAAAAAGCGGGGUCAAAAACCUUGACAAAAUUGAAAAAAUUCGUUUUAACCUAAACUGUCCCAAAGAGUCUUUAUAAAUUGGAAAUGCAUGAAAACAACGGUUAGAUGUGUCAAAACUUCAAAAAAAAAAAAGUUUUAGAGCCAACACUUGAUUGCAGGGCGCCACCGGAAACAUUCUGUUCGCCAACGAGGCCAACUGUUUCGAGACGUACCCGGACGAGAGGAAGAAGGUUGUGACUGGAAAGGAGAUUGCGCAGGUGCCGAGAUGGUUGAAGGCCGGACAGGAUCGACUCAAUAUCCGAUCGUUUUUCUACGACGGACAGGUACCGUGUUGCAGUUUAUAAAAUCGUUUUAUUGUACUCUCUUCAAAUACUUUCAGAAAAUGCCGUACGUCUCGCCGGUGCCCUACUACUUUGUUCCGCGCACGUCGAAAGACAAUCUGGUGUUCAAAACGUGCAAGACGGCGUGCGACAGCGGCGAGAUUGUCAAGUUCACGAUGAAUACGGGCGCCUACAAGAUGCUCGUCUACCUGAAAAACAGUUGUCACUCUUUUAAAGUGUGCAUCGACCCGACGGACCACUCGAUCGCCGAGCGCAUUCCCGUCUGCAAGCCGGGCAAGUCGAUCGACGUGCUCGUGACGAACGGCGUCGUCGUGUGGCCGAAUCAGGGCCGCGCGUCGCUCAUCGAACUCAAGUCGGCGUAUCACGAGGACGCGUACGCGGUGCCCAUCGAGUUUGGCUACGGAAUCAACGAGGCGGACGCGACGAACCCGGCGCCCGAGUACUACGUCGCAAACGACCAUCGCGAGUUUGUGACGAGCGACUCGAACGGAUUCAACGCCGACGAGGCGACGAAACUCGCCUUCUUCUUCCCUAAACCGGAUUGUCUCGCCGAGAAGGCUGGCAUCUUUUCCAAGGUUUGUCCCGACCAUCACGGUCUCGAGAGCUGACAAAAUGGGCGCGUGGCCUCGGCGGCCAAAUGGCGUUUUCAUGAAUUGAGCACGUUUUCUCUGAUUUUUGUAGUCAACGGCGAUGAAAAAUGAUUGCGCGGCAUGAAAACACACUAAUUCUCAGAAUUAAUGACGUUUUGGCGCAUUUUUCGCCGACUUUGCUUUUUCGCCUUCGCCGCACUUCUCAUUUUGCGCUUUCUUGACCGUUUUCCGACAGAAUUGGUUUUGAGAAUGAUAAAUCACGUAAAUACAAGCAUUUUGAGCGCUCGAACCGCGAAAACUACCAUAAAGCAACUGAAAUUCAUGCAGUUUUAGCCAAAAACCUUCAAACGGAUGAAUGUGAUUUGUGACUUGACCAAAUUUAACGCUCUUGCGCUUAAAAAAAUUCGUAUUAGCCUAUCGAAUCGGUCUAUCGAGAGACAAAUGAGAAAUUAUCGACUUUUCGUGGCUAAUCUGGCAAAAAACACAAAUUUUGCUGUUAAAAUUUGAAUUUCGCGCCAAUGUAUCGCUCUAUUGGGCGGGGCGCACUUGCGCGCCCAUUGUCAGCUCUCACGGCGACCAAAAGUGUAGAAUCUGAGACGCGUUUUCUGAAAAUUGCCGCAAUUUCAGCACUUUUCCGAUAUUUUUGUGUUUCAUAUCGACGAAAGAAGAGACAUUAAAGAGCGAAAAUAUCGAAAUUUUCGUGAAAACGCCGCGUUUGAGACGUUUUUGGCAUCAUUCGCAAUACGCUCUCCGCGGCCAAUCGCCGCCGCAAUUUCGAAAAAAAAGGACGUUAAUACAAAUAUUUUUGGCAUUCAAACGGCAAAAAGUGUCGGCGAAUGACUGAAAUUCGCGCAUUUUCAGCACAAAACUUGAAAAUCGCAUCAAUUAAUUCAUUUCUGAAUGAAACCUGCUCGUUUUAAGCUCAAAAAGUGCGCGGCGAUGAUUAGUUUAACAAAGUUAUUAUGCAAUUACAUCGUCGUCGAAAUCGUACAAAAUUUGGGUAAUUUUUGACGAAAAACAUGAAAAAUAGGGGGUUAAAUUUUGAAUUUCGCGCCAAAAUGGUGAUAAACCGUGCACGCUAGGCCCCCGCGCCCCUUUUUUUGGUCGCCGUGGCUCUGGAGACCGUGGACGACCACACUUUUGAAACACGGAUCAUCGAACAGUUGCAUUGCAGAACAUCAACAACGGCGAGUCGCUCGUGGAUUCGGCCGCGGCGGUCACCGACGGCAACGUGUACGACGGCGAGAAGUCGCAGGUGAUCACGAAGCCGCAGGAGGAGGUGGUGACGACGACGACGGUCGAGCCGAUCAAGGACAUUCCGCAGACGACGACGGCGGCGCCACGCCGAGUGGUGCCGAGCGGAGCGCGGCUGGCUGACGGCGAGCAGGCGGCCGAGACGAACGCAAUGUCGGCGGCGACGUACGUGACGGGCAAAUGGUGGGUCUGGGGCAUCUACAUUGGAUUCGUGAUUGGCACGCUCGUCACGCUCGGCCUCGGCGCCGGCAUCUUCUACCUGAUGCGCAGAACAGUGUUCGGCGUGUGGUACCGCGGAAUGUACAAGCGGUACGGAUGCGACGCGUCGGGCACGACGGGCGGACUCACCGGCGUCGGCUUUGGAAACACGAUGACGGGCGACGUGACGGUUCAAGGAACGACGGGCGGCGGCACGACCGCCGGCGCCACCACCGGCGGAACGAGUGUGAUGGAGAAGAGCCAGGCGACGGGCACAUCCACACUGGCCAUGUGA